AUGGAGGUCGAGAUGCGGAAUUGUCGAUACGCGGCCGUUGCUAUCAACAACGAGGUUGACAAUCAGCGAGAACAGGUAGAAAAGGCGAGCUUCCGAGAGUUGAAGACGAAGAAGGAAACGAAAGAAAAGAACACGCGUGAAGCGACAAUAGGUUUAUAUCCGGGCCUCCCCGUGGCUCGAAUUAGGGAAAGGCUGUCGGAUUCUCGUAUUUUCAGAACGUCGCACGACGGUUCGGAUGCAGAACCGUGUCGGCGUCUGAGGUUGCCUGGGCGAAUGAACGGGAAGUCGGAUGGGAGGAAGAGAGGCAAACGUGCCAGAAGAGGGCGACGAUGUUGCGAAUGUGACGAUGGGAGGACAAGGAGAGAAAGUGGUGGCAGAUCUGGGAAGUGCGGGAUAAAAGAGGAAAGGAGGAAUGGCUGCCAGAAGGAGGCGGCCGGGCGAGGAAUGGAAAGAGCAGUUGGGGGUGGGCGAUGUGCAAAAGAGGAGAAGGAGCGGAGUUUAGGUGGGCGCAGGCGGGGACGCAUCAGAGGCGGAAAGAGCGGAGCCGUCUGGGGGCCCAAUAGUGACGACGCACGCCACCUGAACCAGUGGUGCGGUCCUACACUCAGCACGGACGGAAAGUGUCGUCCGGGGCGUUUCGGUGGGUUUUCUGGUCGCAGGAAGUAG